AUGGGUUCAGAAGGUCCUGCUCCGUCAGCAGUAACAGUUCACGUGACAGAUUUUAAGAAGUAUCAUGGAGUUGCCGAAAAUCCAACAGAGACAAUUGUGCAUAAUCUGAAAGAAUACAUGGAGAAGAAGGGUUUACCAAAAGGGUUGGCUUUAAGGAGCCGCAAUGUUCUUGAAACUGCAGGACUUGGGGCAGUUGCUCCUCUUCAUCAGACGCUGCAAUCUGCCAUUAACGGGAAUGAUUCAGAAUUGCCAAAUUUUGGGACUGUUAUUUGGGUCAGUUGCUCAAUACUUUCUUCUUCACAAGACCGUAUGAUUCAGGAGGAGUUCAAUUAUCCUAGCCUUUCUGAGUUGCAAAAGCAUUUGACAGAUGAGAAGUAUUUGACAUAUGAGGAAUACAGUAUGGCUAUUGGGUUUUAUAUCUUGUUGCGGGCUGUAGACCAGUUUGGUGCUAACUAUAACAGUUUUGCUGGCCAGUUUGACGGAGAGAUAGAUAUAGACUAA